AUGGCGACUGACGUGCAAAGUGAUGAAGGUCAGCAAAACGCGCAUGGGGUUUCGUCCUUACCCUGUUCAAUACCAGGCAAGUCUUCCUACAACAUCCGAGGGCAUCAUUUUACUGUGGAUUCUCGGUACAAAAUUGUGAAAGCCAUCGGUGUAGGCGCAUAUGGAGUUGUCGUAUCCGCAGUUGACACGAAGGACGGGAGCAUGGUGGCUUGGAAGAAGAUAACUGGAGUAUUUGAUGAUGCGAUUGACGCCAAGCGAGUUUUGCGAGAAAUACGACUAAUGAGAGCUCUGGAGCAUGAAAACAUACUGCCACUAACAGAUAUGGAAGAACCGCAAUCAAUGGAAGAGUUUACUGAGGUGUACAUGGCCAGUCCUUUAUAUGACAAGGAUUUGGGAAAGAUAUUGGCGGCCAACGUGACCCUGACUACAUCACACAAGCAGUACUUCGUUUAUCAAAUGCUCUCUGCUUUGAAAUAUCUACACAGUGCAAACGUGCUGCACAGAGACCUGAAACCUGCCAAUAUCCUGAUUCAAGAGUCAUGUGACCUAGCGUUGUGUGACUUCGGGUUAGCAAGAUAUGUGGAUGCCGAUGAUAAUACGCAGAAGGGUAUGACAGAAUAUGUAGUGACACGGUGGUACAGAGCGCCAGAACUUGUAUUGACGCAUUCCUACACCAGCGCUGUAGAUUUAUGGGCAGUUGGAUGUAUUCUAGGUGAAUUGUUGGGCGGAAAAGUUCUCUUCAGAGGUCGCGACUUCAAGCACCAGGUUGAAACCAUUUGCGAAGUCCUCGGGAAGCCAUCGGGCGAGGACGCGGAUCAUGUGACUAGUGCCAGAGCCAAAAAAUUCUUGGAUUCACUCCCCGACUGUGAAGGUACAGAUUUUCAAGACCUCUUCCCAGAUGCAGAUGCAGAAGGUAUCGAUUUGCUACGGAAACUACUGCGAUUCAACCCCGAAAAGAGGUUAACAGCCGAGCAGGCCCUUGAGCAUCCUUAUGUCUCGCAAUAUCAUGACCUUGAAUACGAAGCAACAGCAAGUAUGGAAAUUGAUAUGAAAAGUCUUGAACCACGAGGAGAGAAUGGAGAAGUUUCCGCAGAGGAGUUAAAACGGAUGAUGAUAUCUGAAAUAUAUAAUUUCAGACCGAAGGCAACCAUUUUCCAAACUUGCCCUAAUCUAGUUCCGUGA